AUGCUUAAUUCGCACGUAUUUAAUGUGCUAGUUUUUUUCACUUGCUAUAAUCGGAAAACCAAAAAUGCCAUCCUUAACCCUUGUUGUGGUGUUACUAAUACUGAUAUUCUCGUACAAUGUAGAUGGUGAUGUUGAACAUCAAGAGUCAUGUUCAAGAAGGUGCGGUGUUCAUAGCAUCAGCCACCCUUUCCGAUUGAAAGACAGUCCUGAAAAGUGUGGUGACAAAAGGUACAUCCUAUCAUGUGAGGACAAUAACCAAUUGAUUUUGUACUAUGAAUUUGAAGAAUACCAUGGAAAAUACUAUGUACAAUCAAUUAAUUACAACAACUUCACCAUACGACUAUUGGAUUUCAAUCUUGCUUCUUCUAAUAAUUCCAUCCCUUCUUAUUAUUCUUUAGGGCUUUAUAAUUUCAGUUCUAAUUUCUUCACCUCACCCUACCUAGCCUAUCAUCGAUACAAAAACUACACUAAUCAUAUGUUGACGAAAUCUAUGUUAUAUGUGAGCUGUCCGAAUCGGAUGGAAUAUUCAUACAUUGGUAAUUGUAUGAAUAGAACUUCAUAUUCACAGGAUGUGAAUUCUUUCUAUGUUGGUGGCUAUGGUAAAUCUCUGUUGGAAUUUGGGUUGGGAGACGGGUGUCAUAUAGAGUUUAUGUAUCUCACUUGGGAUGUUGAAGAUGAUGGCAACAUCAACAACAUUUCUUGUACAGACAUUCGUCGUAGGAUGUAUUAUGGAUUUGAACUUUCUUGGCUCAACAGUCGGUGUAAACAUGGUCGGUAUGCAGUGCUCGAUCAAUAUAACCAGCCUCACUGUAAAUAUGAUUACUGGAAUAACGCGGCUUGGAUAGUUGCACGUUUAUCAUUCGGCUUAGGUGUAUUGGUUGGUUUGCUUAGCGGUGUUAAAUUUGUUCUUGGAUUGCCAUUUAUCAUUGUAUUAUUAAUCAAAAAAUGGCGAAAGAAACAUCAAUCUAUGUAUGAUGGCGUCGAAGAUUUUCUAAGUAGUGAUAAUAGCAUCAUCCCUAUAAGGUACUCUUACAAAGAGAUAAAAAAGAUAACCGGAAAUUUCAUGACAAAACUAGGCAAUGGAGGUUAUGGAUCUGUUUUCAAAGGACAACUUCGAAGUGGUCGUCUUGUAGCAGUCAAAUUAUUGGACAGUGCCAAGUCCAACGAUCGAGAUUUUGUCAAUGAAGUUGCUACCAUUGGUAGGAUUCACCAUGUUAAUGUGGUACAACUCAUUGGUUUCUGUGUGGAAGGUUCAAAACGUGUUCUGAUAUAUGAAUUUAUGCCAAAUGGAUCACUAGAAAAAUACAUAUUUUCUCAUACCGAAGAGAAUUAUUCCUUGAGUUGCGAACAAUUGUAUUCAAUUUCACUUGGAGUGGCUCGUGGCAUUGAGUACUUGCACAAUGGAUGCAAUAUGAAAAUUCUACACUUUGACAUAAAGCCUCAUAACAUCCUUCUUGAUGAAAAUUUCAAUCCAAAAGUUUCUGAUUUUGGACUUGCUAGACUUUGUCCUACAGAUAAAAGCAUUGUGUCAUUAACUGCAGCAAGAGGAACCAUUGGAUACAUGGCCCCUGAACUAUUCUACCGAAAUGUCGGCACGAUAUCUUACAAAGCUGAUGUUUAUAGUUUUGGGAUGUUGUUAAUGGAGAUGGCAAAUAGAAGGAAGAACUUGGAUGUAUUGGCUGGUCAAUCUAGCCAGGUUUAUUUCCCUUUUUGGGUUUAUGAUCAGUUACAAGAUGGAAGAGAAAUAACAAUUGAGAAUGCUACAAAUCAUGAGAUGAAAUUGGCAAAGAAAAUGAUGAUAGUGGCUUUGUGGUGUAUUCAAGCGAAACCUAGUGAUCGUCCUCCAAUGGAUAAAGUGUUGGAGAUGCUUGAAGAAGAAGAUGAAGAUUUGCAAAUGCCUAAUCAGCCUGACCUUGAUGCACAAGACGUACGAGAUGAUAGAACUGGUAGUUCAUUGUAUUCCUCUGGUACAUUAGUAACUGAUUCCAAGGAACCAAUUUGAUCUGGUUUUGGUUAACAUGAGUCACAAAAAUUUGCAUCUAACUUUUUUGUUCUAAAUAUAUAAAUAUUACUAAUACGUACCAACACAUAUUCAUGGAUAAAACCAACAAAGAGUUAGAUAUGGAUUAAGGAUUAUUUUCUCUAUUUGCUUUUGUGAUAUCUUGUUAUGUUUUAAGGAUGCGUUGAAAACUUAUUUUUCUU